AUGGCUGCCUACGAAGAGGGAGGCGAUGGCUUCUACGGAGGCAGGUCCAGGAAUUAUGAAGGCGUUGGGCUUCCCCGACGACCAAGACCCGUCACCGACUAUGGAUCGUCAAUGGUACAAUGGAUGCGGACGCGACGACCCAGAUACAAAGGCGCCCACCGAAUGGAAGUCGAGAGGCCGAGCUUAAGUUAUACUGUCGAUAUGCUUCCGCCUGUUGCAAGAAUUCAUUCMCCUGCCGACACGAUACCCGUCCGACAUCUACAUCAGUCUAUCGGAAAAUCAAAAAAACCCAUUACAGUAGUGAGAUGGACCCCCGAGGGCCGAAGAUUGUUGACUGGCGGACACACUGGAGAAUUCAUGCUGUGGAACGGGACGGCCUUUAAUUUCGAAACUGUUAUGGAUGCUCACUACGAUCAAUUCCAAGCCGGCGUGACGUCCGCUGCAUGGUCGCAUAGCCACGACUGGCUGAUAUCCGGCGGACAAAAAGGAGACGUCAAGUACUGGCGACCGAACUUCAACAACGUCGAAACCGUGGAUGAUGCGCAUCACGACGCCGUUCGUGAUUUGGCAUGGGGUCCCAGCGAUACAAAAUUUCUUUCAGCUUCGGAUGAUACGACAUUGAAGAUUUUCGAUUUCACAGCGCGCGCUUGUGAUACGGUCUUGACAGGCCACAACUGGGAUGUAAAAUCUUGUGAUUGGCAUCCCACAAAAGGUUUACUAGUUUCCGGGUCGAAAGAUCACCAGGUCAAAUUCUGGGAUCCUCGAACCGGCAGAUGUUUGACCACAUUACACAGCCAUAAAAAUACGGUGACAACGACAAAAUUCUCUAGAGUGAACAGCAACCUUCUCGCUACAUCUUCUCGCGACAGCACGGCAAGGGUGUUUGAUCUUCGAAUGAUGCGUGAUAUUUGUAUACUGAGAGGUCAUGAGAAACCGAUAUCGUCAAUGACCUGGCAUCCAAUUCAUAGCAAUUUGAUCUCAACUGGUAGUGAGGACGGCUCGCUUUAUCACUAUCUACUGGAUGAACCAAAUCUUCCUUCAGGCAGUGCCCCUACUGUUGCGCCAUACGAUAGCAAUGAUCCUCUGAAUACUCCGCCGCAAGUCAUACAUCCCGCGCAUCGCAUUCAGUACGCCCACGCUUCAACUAUCUGGUCGCUAAACUGGCAUCCUCUGGGACACAUUUUGGCAUCCGGCUCGAAAGACAAUUUCACGCGCUUCUGGUCUCGAGCUCGUCCAGGAGACACAUCAUAUAUGACCGACCGUUUCCAUAUCGGUGAAGAAGCUGCCGAAGCUCAAGGAACAUGGAACCGCGGUUUUGGCAAGAAACAGAUGCGAGAAGAGGAGGAACAAGAGGCACAAGAUGAAGCAGAGGGCUUAGUUGACCAGAGAACUGCUACUUCAGCUCUCCCUGGCAUUCAGGGUAUGUUACCAGGAAUCUCAUCUGAUGCCGGAUCAUCACUUCCGGGUAUUGGUAACUACCAGCCGCCUGUGCAAGCCAACAUGUCUAUGCAAAAUAUGGAUGCCAACUCUUUAGCCGCAAUGAUGGGAGGCGUAUCAGCACAACCGGCGUACGGAUCUUAUCAAAAUCCCGGUUUUGCUGGAUUGAUGAUGAAUCCCCCAAGCACCGCUACUCCGCCGCCGCCACUACUACCUCCCAAGCUUGACCCGAAUCUGAACUUGGCUGCAUUGCAGAAACAGUUAAUGGCGCAAGGCAUCCAGCUCCCUGCCAAUUUUACUAAUCCAAGCGCAUGGCAUAAAGGUUGA